GAGGGAUCUUAUGCAGUAUAGAGCGAACAGGGAAACAAGUCAAGUUGAAAUCGGUGAUUUUUUCAACGGUCAAGAUUACAAGGAAUUUGUCAAUUCAAAUGAAUUCACCAAUCCAGAUGACAUUCCUAUCUCUUUCUAUACUGAUGGUUUCGCUAACCGCAACAAACAGAAGACAAUUCAUGCUAUAUCCACGCAAUUAUCUUCAACUUCUACCCUUCUAUUACCAUAUUUCCAGGUCCAAAAAAGAAACGAAAGGAUUUGGAUUUGUUUUUGAUGCAUAUUGUUAUGGAAUUGAAGGACGUCUCGGUUCAUCGGAUGAUAAUCAAACAAAAUGAGCAAAGGUAUACCUAGUAUUGGCUUCCG